AUGAUGAGAAUUAGUCAAGAAUAUUUGAAACUUCAGCCAUGUGAUAUUGGUGGUUCAGAAGGAGACAAGUGGAAGUGGUUUGAGAAUUGUAUUGGAGCACUUGAUGGAACUCACAUUCCAGUAACAGUGUCUGCUGAGGAUAGACCAAGAUAUCGAAAUAGAAAGGGCGAUAUUUCCACCAAUGUUUUAGGAGUUUGUGAUCCAGAUCUAAAAUUCAUCUAUGUACUAUCUGGAUGGGAGGGUUCUGCUUCUGAUUCUCGUGUUUUGAGAGAUGCUUUGGCCAGGGAUAAUUCGUUUCAAGUUCCAAGUGAUAAGUACUAUCUUGUGGAUGCCGGCUAUGCUAAUGGACCUGGUUUUUUAGCACCUUAUCGAGGAACUAGAUAUCACUUAAAUGAAUGGAUUGGAAACAAUCGUCCUGAAAAUUACAAAGAGUUAUUUAACUUGCGUCAUUCAAUUGCAAGGAACGUAAUUGAAAGGUCAUUUGGGUUGUUGAAAAAGCGAUGGAGUAUACUACGUACACCUUCAUUUUUCAACAUCAAAACACAAACUAGGAUUAUAAAUGCAUGCUUUGUGUUGCAUAACUUCAUUCGAAUCGAGCAACAGAAUGACCAUGUGUUACAAGAUCAAGAUAUGGAGUUUUUAGCUUCUGUGGAUCAUGAGAUAUCAAAUCAUUCUACAGUAGAGGGUAACACAAAUAGGAUUACAAGUGUUCAAGUCACUGAUCAAUGGACUACUUUUCGUGACACAUUAGCAAUGCAGAUGUUUCUUGAUUAUCAAGCACGAGGCGCCACUAAUUCAUGA